AUGAGUAGAAACGGUUCGAUAACUGAGCACAUUCGUGGGGAAGAGACAGCACCAGAGGACACGUCAGCAGGAGCGGAGGCCGCGCGCUUCGUGGUGGGGUCCAAGAUAUGGGUGGCGCAUGAGAAGGCGGCGUUCGCUGCAGCUGAAGUCACGGCGGUGCAGGACAAUGGGGAGACUGUCGAGGCGAUUCUCGUGGAUCCCAAAGAGGACGACAAGGUGCUCAUCCCCGCGCGGGAGUGCUUCCCCAGGGAGGAGGACGAGGAGAAGGACCCCAAGGACGACAUGGUGAAGCUGGACCACCUGCACGAGCCGGGCGUGCUGCACAAUCUUAAAAGACGCUACGUGCGCAACGCGAUUUACACGUACACAGGCACCAUUCUCAUCGCAGUCAACCCCUUCAUAUACCUGCCAGGCCUCUACCACCCACAGCUUAAGAGCCAGUACCGGAACGUACCACUGGGACAGCUCAGCCCACACGUAUUCGCCAUUGCGGACCAUGCCUACAGGUCUAUGAGGGAGGCGGGGCGCAGCCAGUCGGUUCUAAUCAGUGGGGAGAGCGGCGCCGGCAAGACAGAGACCACCAAGCUCGUUAUGGAGUACCUGGCGGGGGCAGGGGUGGCGGAUAAGGCUGCUGCUGCUGCCGCGGGGGCUGCAGGGGCUGUGGGCAUGGGGGGCGGGAGGAGAGGGAGGCGGGGAGGGGCGGAAGCAGUGGUGUCUGGUGAAUCGACUCAGUGUGUUGAGAGAGUGCUGCAGUCGAACCAAGUCCUGGAGACGUUUGGGAACGCCAAGACAGUGCGCAAUAACAACUCUAGUCGUUUCGGCAAGUUCAUUGAGAUUCACUUUGACAGUGACGGCAGGGUGACAGGAGCAGCCAUUCGGUCGUACCUGCUGGAGCAGUCCAGAGUGGUGCAGAUCAACAGCCCUGAGCGCUCCUACCACUGCUUCUACCAGCUGCUCUAUGGGGCCACGCCCGAGGAAUCAGAAAAGUAUUCUCUGCCCACAGAGGGCGAGCGGGCAGCAGAUUUUUACUACUUGGCGCAGAGCGACUGCUACGAGCUGCCCGGAAAGAACAGCAACGCGAUGGAGUAUGAAUCCACUCGCUCUGCCAUGAACGUCAUGGGGUUCGACCCACGCGAGCAGGAGGGCAUAUUCGCAGUGGUGGCGGCCAUUAUGCAUCUGGGCAAUGUGGACUUCACCCAGCCGGAGAGCACGGACGGGGCAGGCGAGCAGCCCUCGCUGGUGGCAAAGAAUGACAAGGCAGAGGCGGCAGUCAAGACAGUGGCACGACUCCUCGAGUGCGACGAGGCAGCGCUGUGGAACUCCCUCGUUUCCCAGAAGCGCAAGUUUGGCCGGGAGGUAAUCAGGACCCCGCUGGACCCUAAGAAGGCGGUCGGGAAGAGAGACACCCUCGCCAAGUUCCUCUACUCGCGCCUCUUUGACUGGAUUGUGUCAAAGGUGAAUGAGAGCAUUGGUCAGGACCCCAACCAUGCGUCUAUCAUCGGAGUCCUUGAUAUUUAUGGCUUCGAGCAUUUCAAAGUCAACAGUUUUGAGCAGCUGUGCAUCAAUCUCACCAACGAAAAGCUGCAGCAGCAUUUCAACUCGCAUGUGCUGAAGCAGCAGCAGGAGGAGUACGAGGCAGAGGGCAUAGACUGGUCUCGGAUUGACUUUGUCGACAACCAGGACGUGCUCGAGCUGGUUGAAGGGAAUCAAGGUAUUCUCGCACUCCUGGACUCUGCCUG